GAUAAAAUUAUGGAUAGAGGAUUCGUUGAAGCCGCAUUGAAAAAGGGGGGUAUGCCAAGACAAGUAACUCUCAUUUAGUCGAAGAUUACCUAGCUGGGUACAUAUUUGGAAGGGUAUAUUUGUAUAUUUCCGUUUUCCAAAUAUCUACCUGGGUUGGUAAGGGGUCUAUGUUCAAUCCUGAUCAUGUCUCUUGAACUUCCAUAGACAAACCAAAUGGCUUCCUCAAGCGCUCAAAUUCCUCCAGACCCUCGACUUGAUGGGAAAAUCGCGCGAUACGAUCGUGAUGAAAUUAUCUCACAAUUGGAAUCAUUUUAUAAAUUUCUACCCCAUAUCCCCACCUUAGCCGUCCAACGAGCCCCGCCUGGAGGUUGGCCAUCUAUCACCGCCGAAAUCCUUGAGCAGCAUGGCAUUCAUAAGACUCCAGAAGCUAUAAAUUUACUACGCCAUCUCCCAUACAUAUCGAUGGAGAAUGGCACACGCCCAUAUUUUGUACCAGAUGGAUUUGUCUGCGAUUAUCGGUUAUUCGCUACUGAGGAUCUCACAAAAUACAACAAACACAACUGGAUGAGUCUUGUCAAGCGAGGUGAUGGCGGAACUUUUGAUGGGAAAGAUGAGAAAUGGCCCCCAUGGGUGAUACAACUUUCAGCCGGAACCGAUCGUGAGGGUCAAUGUUUUAUGCUGGAUACGACAGACGGGACGGUGACGAAGUAUACCGUCAUACACUUUCUAUUCAAACCCACAUACGACAAAGACGAUCCACGAAGCUGGCGCGAUCGUAUGUGUGACGAUGAAACGAGGGUAUUGAGUGAUCAAAUUGAGAGAUGGAAGAACUACUAUCUCAACCUAGAACUCUGUGCGUUGCCGCCCACAGUUAGAUUUAUUGGGUCUGUAGAGGAUCCAAUGAUAUUCAUACGAAGACCGGGAGACCAACCUGGCGAUCCUCAUUGGGAAGAAACAGAGGGUCUAAGAAAGAUUUAUACCGAAUAUGGAUGGCCUGAUAACUACGACAAGGAGAGAUGCUGUGAAGCAAUGGUGAAAUGGUGGCAGAGCCAGUAGACAUUUGUGGUACUUUAUUGCCUUAAAUACCUUACCUAGGUAACAUCGUGACAACAAAACGCGUCACAUAUCAUCUCAUUUGAGAACCGUUUGCGCAAGAUGAAAAUGCCCCAUAGGUUUUCAUGUAGCAAUGACCAUGAGGCCCGACCCAUAUGUUCGGUACCUAAUCAUACCUUCAGAACCAAUCAUCCCAACAUAUACGUCACUGAAUAAUCCGUAUCAAUCAAUU